UCCGGCUCGAGACAUGCUCAGUGGAGGUCGAGGGAGUCAGCUGGGUCCGGCGAUGGGUGCCGCUCUUCCCUCCGUCGUAGCGCCGGUUGCUGUCCGUCGGCCCGAGAACAUGUCCGCUUGGUAUGCGAUAGCGGCGAUUUUAGUGUAUGUGGUCUUUCGACUGCUGCAUCUCGCCCGGUCGCCGAAAGCUCCCGUGCUCAGAGGGAAGGACCAGAAGUAUGUCCAGUACUUACUGAAGCAGUGUCCCAUGCUGACAGAAAUAUACUGCCCUCCGAAGUUAUGGGGUCGAAGUGGACAUUUCCAGAGCGUGAUCCAUAGCCUGGUGGGUCGUGUCAGGUGUCCCAAGGCUGCCAAUGGCGACAGGAUUGCCCUCUAUGCUUCAGAUGGUGCUCUCUUCACCUAUGAGCUCUAUAAACCAUAUCAUGAUAAUGGAAAAGAGGUGAUUCUGGCUGUGUGCCCAGGAAUAGGAAAUUCCAGCGAGACACUCUAUAUUCAGGCAUUCGUUCACUACAUCCAGAUCAAGGGGCUCCAUUGUGCAGUGUUGAAUCACAUCGGAACCCUCAGCAACGUGCAGCCGACAACACCUCGUAUCUUCUCGUAUGGUCACACGGAGGAGUUCCAGCUGAUGGUGGACGACCUGUGCGACCGAUACCCCGACUCCCAGAUCGUGUGCAUCGGGUUCAGCAUGGGCGGGAACAUCGUCUCCAAGUACCUGGGGUCCUGCCCGACCAUCCCCAGCCAGAUCGUCGGGGGGAUCUCCGUCUGCCAGGGCUACGAUGCCACACGUGCAAUGAACCACCUGCUGGACUGGGAGAACCUUCGCCGAGUGUACUUCUACAUCAUGACGGAAUGGAUGAAGGCGCUGAUCAUGCGGCACAAAUCCCUCCUCCUCUCUCCCAUCGUGAAGGACAAGUAUGGGCUGGAGGAGACCCGCAUCGUGUCUGCUGCCACCAUGAUCGAGCUCGACGAGGAGUAUUCGAGGAAAGUGCAUGGGUUCGAUUCAGUGAUGGAUUUCUACCGGCAUCAAAGCUCUGCAUAUUUCCUGGACCAAAUCAAGCAUCCCAUGGUGUUUGUGAAUGCCCUCGAUGACCCCAUCGUCCCUCCACCCCUGCUCGAUUGCAUCAGGGAGCAUGCAAGUGCGCACGAGAAGGUCCUGUACAUCGAAACCGAAUUUGGGGGUCACUUGGGGUUCUUUGAGGGAGGGAUCAUACUGCCAAAGCCACAUUCCUGGAUGGACCACCUCAUCGUUCAGAUCUCGAACGCCCUCACGGAACAACCUCAGCUCAUGAAGGCCACAUCCUAGGCCGUUUCAUUCCAUCGUCUCGCGCCUGGUGCUACCUGUCUUGUGGGAAGUUCCGAGUAGUUUGUCUCGUUUUACGUUCGGGUCGGUGCAAGCACGGGGAAAAUGGACUUUUGCACACCUGUCCAUUUCUGCAGGCUUCAGAAGUGGGUUGAGUGUCCCAUUCAGUGCUUAUCACUGUAGAUGCUAGCUGCAGUGAUUGUUCCUUGAUACAAUUUAGACCCUUUUUCUUGAUGUAAUUUAGACCCAGUGAUAGCAUCUUCAUUACCAAGGAGAUUAACAACUGUCCUUUUUUCUGUACACCAUCUGGGAUUUUACCAGGAGUUAAGGCCAAAAUAGUUGAUAUGCUCAUUAUUCAUGACAUGUUGCAACUCCAUGCUGCCAGAAAUCUAAAUCGAAGCUCGCCUCUGUGUCGGUUAUUCCCAGCCGCAAAUCGGGAACGAGAUCGAUGGGCACUCGUGUGGUUCUCGUCACCAUGGUCGGUAUUCAUUCCACUGUGGACCACUGUUGCUGUGAAAGAUGUCAUUUGUUUGGUCCUUUCAUAUUCAUACUAUUACCGGUACUUCUUGUCUCAUUGAACAUCCAUGGUUCAUACAGGGUGGUCUUGGUUUUUGUUUUCGAAUUCAACCGGUACAGAUUUGUUGGUAAGAGGUGUAUUUUAGAGAGUCUUUAUAUGGUGUAUUUUCUUUUAAUUUGUGUUUUUGAUUCAUUUUUCCAUGUUGGUACUUAUUUUUAGAGCGAAGAAUGAGUCAUCAGUCAUCCACAAGAAGGACUUGUGAUAGAAAAGCUUUAAAAGUUGAAGCCAGAGUAUUGCACCUAGUCAUGCAAAUGGGACAAUAAAUGGCCCUUCUUUGGCUCUA